CUUCUCUAGGCUAUGCGAUCAGCAUCAAAUAUUGGCAGCUUGACCCCAUUAAAAUAGCCCCCUCUUCUCUAAUCUGGGAAGAACAAAGCAAACCAUGAUGUUGCCAUCGUCCUUGGUGUGUGAAGACUGGUGGAUGAAUGACGGCAUAGAUCGAGCACAUUGAUUUUAUAGUGCCUGCCAGGGAAUAAGGGAAAGUCCCUCCUACAGUCAGGGCACAGCGAUGAUGUUCUUCUUGAAUCACUUCAGGCAACGUAUGUAGUCUAUACUACGGGCCUGCCUCGCCUCCGGUUGCACGCGCCGUGCAUGGACAGGCUCGGGACUGUCGGUGCUCAUGCAGUCAGCUGAGCCCGAGCCAUCUGCACCCGUAUAACGCUAUUGUUAGAUUGGUCGGUAGGUCGGUUGUAGUUGGCUAGUAAUGGAGCAUGCUGCACGAGCUUUCGCCUCGGUAUUCGGUAGGCCUACUAGUCAACUACUGAACAAAAGCGCGCAAGGCGAUACGGUGGGAUAUGAUGUGAUGUGAUGCGGCGCAGGAUCACGGCGACAGUAGCGGAGGAACGGGAAUGCGCGCGACUACGGACGAGAAUCGCUGCUAGGAUACAGAAGAGAACAUGGGGACGGGGCCGCGCGAUGACUGACUGACUUUCUCCCCGUAACGACCAUCUCUGCAUACCGAGGGGUUCAAAAAAGGAAAGAAAAAAAGAACCGACCAGCCUCUCGUUGAAGGCGUGGAGGAUCUAUCGGAGAGGAUGAAUCCCGGGGACCCUGCCCAAACCGGACCCGGUGAAGCCGGUCAGGACGGGUUGGCUAAAGCAGGGGGUGCGCAGGGGGAGGGGGUGAGAGCGGUGGAUGUGCUGACAGUUCUGAGGGAAAAAGUGGCCUUUGUUUCAGGGGGGAGGGACAAGAGAGGCGGGCCCAUCCUCACCUUCCCAGCGCGGACCAAUCAUGACCGAGUGAAACAGGAGGAUCUAAGCAGACUGGUCACCUAUCUGUCCACCAUACCCAGUGAUGACGUGCGUGCCAGGGGCUUCACGGUGGUCGUAGACAUGCGUGGUUCUAAGUGGGAGAGCGUCAAGCCGUUGCUACGGACACUCCAGGAGGGGUUCUCCGCCCACAUUCACACGGCCCUCAUCAUCAAACCAGACACCUUCUGGCAGAAACACAAGACCAACCUGGGCAGCGCCAAACUCACCUUUGAGACCAGUCUAGUGUCGGUGGAGGGCCUGUCCAAGCUGGUGGACCCGUCCCAGCUGACCUCUGACCUGUGCGGUUCUCUGGAGUAUGACCAUGUGGAGUGGACAGAGCUACGGCUGGGCCUGGAAGAGUUCUCAGGGGCUGCAGGGCAACUGCUGGCCCAGCUAGAGCAGCUGGAGGCUGGACUGACCCGCGUAAGCGAGGCCCAGGGCGUGGAUGAGGCCCGCAAGCUGCUAGAGGAGCAUGGCCGACUACGUACCACCGUUGCCACGGCUCCCAUCGAUGCCAUCGACCGUGAGGGGCGGAGCUUGCUCCAGCGCAUGCGGCUUGGCCCCGCCCACAGCGGUGAAGCCCCUAGCGACGUGCCCAGCAGUAACCAAGGUUACGGAAGUUGGUUGUCGGGCGGGGCUGAUUUCCAGAGUGUAGCUCCGAAGGUGGCCGCCCUGCUGGAGAGGCUGCAGACUGCCAGGACACACCUGCAGCAGAGCUGGACCGAACGGAAAGCACACCUAGACCAGACCUUACAGCUGCAUCUAUACGAACAGGACGCUGCCAAGAUGUCCGAGUGGAUAGCCCACAGUAAGGAUCUGUUCCUGCAGAGUCAGACAGAGGUUGGCCUCAACCACCAGCAUGCCCUGGAACUCCAGACCCAGCACCAGCACUUCACCAUCAACUCUAUGAACGGGAGUGUGAACGUGGACGGGGUGGUCUCCGUGGCGAUGCAGCUGUGUGAGGGGUGUCACUACGGAGCGGAGCGGAUCGUGUGUGUCUCGUCACGGCUACAGGAGGACUGGAAAGGGCUGACGUCAGUGCUGGAGGAACGCAGCAACACGCUGGUCAUGUCCACCGACUUCCACCAGGGGUCAGAACAGUUCCUGGGGCGUGUGGAGGGCUGGUGUGAGGCGUGUUCUGACGACUCGUUGCCGGCGGAGAUGGCGGAGCUGGAGGCGUCCAUACAACAACACCAGACGCUCUACGAGGAGAUAACAUCAGCCUACACACAGGUCAGUGAGAGUGGUAAAGCCCUAUUGGAAGUGCUUCAGCGUCCGGCGGAGCCUGACGAGUCUGGGUUACCAGCGGCAACCACUGACUUCACAGCCGCAACGCACGGCAUCAUGGGAGUUCUGCACGAGGUCAUGCAGGGUCACCAGCAUGUUGAAGGGGCGUGGCAACACCGCAAGCUCCGCCUACACCAGCGUCUGCAGCUGUGUGUGUUCCAGCAGGACGUACGGCAGGUUCUGGACUGGGUGGAGCAGCAUGGAGAGGUGUUUCUCAAUAAACACACCGGUGUGGGGAAGAGCCUCCACCGAGCACGAGCACUGCAGAAACGCCAUGACGACUUCCAACAGGUGGCCCAGAACACCUAUACCAAUGCUGAGAAGCUGCUGGAGGCGGCAGGCCAGCUGGCCCAGUCAGGGGAGUGUGAGGAGGGAGAGAUCUACUCUGCUGCUGGGGACCUGGAGCUCCGCAUGCAGGCCUUCAUACAGAGAGUAGAGCAGAGGAAGCUACUGCUGGACCUCGCUGUCUCCUUUUACACACACACCAAAGAGCUGUCAGUGUGGAUGGAGGGUCUCCAGAAGCAGAUGGCGGGGGAGGUGUGUGUGUGUCCUGACUCAGUGGAGGCUCUACAGGCUCUUAUCAGCCAGCAGCAGCAGCAACAAGCCAACACACAGGACGCCUCGCUCUCUGUCAUCAGGGAGGGAGAGGACCUCAUUCUACAGCUCAGGCCCCAGGGCAGUUCAGUGGGCCAUGUGGAGUCAGUGCUGCAGUCGUUGGAGGAGGCCCAGGUCCAGCUGGAGGAGCUGUUCCACCAGAGGAAGAUCAGGCUGGACGUCUAUCUGCAGCUACGCAUACUACAGCAGUGUUCUCUGGAGGUGUCAGGGGAGAUGGAGGCAUGGAAGCAGGACCUCCAGAAGCAGGCCCAGGACAUCACCACAGAGAAGCUAACGCUAGCACAACCGCGGCUAGUGGAAGCUAACCAAGAGAAGCUAGCAUUAGCGCAACCGCGGCUAGUGGAUGCUAACCCAGAAGGGCUAACGUUAGCGCAGCAGCGCAUACACAGACACAUGGAGCGACGGCUAGCCAUGAACAACAUGACCUAUGAGGUCGUACAGCAGGGUCACGACCUUCAGCAAUACAUCACCGAAGUACAGUCCUCAGGUAAGACAGAGAUAGAGAUGGAGAGAUGGAGAGAGAGAGAGAAAGAGAGGAAGGUACAGAAGGAGAGACAGGGCUUGCAGCUACGCCACCUACAGAGUCAGGUCAACCAGGUAAACACACACACACACCUGGAGCAGGGCUUGCAGCUACGCCACCUACAGAGUCAGGUCAACCAGGUGCUGGGCUGGAUCAGUGAAGGAGAGGUGAUGUUGUCUUCCUGUAUGGUGAACUCCAGCUCUCUGUCCGAGGCUGAACAGCUACAGAGAGAACAUGAGCGCCUCCAACAGGCCAUAGAGUCUCUGCUUCAUGCUGACUCUCUCCAGAGGACCCACCAAGUGGCGCUGGCGCUGCAGCAGCGGGCAGAGCUGCUGGUGAGGGCGGGCCACUACGACCCAGAGGCAGUGAGGGCGUGUGCCCAGACGGUGGCGCUACACUGGCAGACCCUGAUGCUGCGGAUGGAGGACCGCCUCAAACUGGUCAACGCCUCCGCAGCCUUCUACCGGACCUCACAACAGGUAUGUGGUGUGUUGGAGAGCCUGGAACAGGAGUAUCGUAGGGACGAAGACUGGUGUGGUGGCGGAGAGAGGCAGGGGAGCAGGGGCCAGCCGGAGCACCUCAUUCCCCUCAUCAACAAACACAUGGAACAAAAAGAAGCCUUCCUCAAGGCAUGCACCCUGGCCAGACGCAACGCAGAGGUCUUCCUCAAGUACAUCCACCGCAACAGCGUUACUAUGGCAACCAUCUCCGGGCACAGUGCCGGCGCAGAGGUCACUGGUCACUCCCGUGUGCCUGAGCAGCAGGUCAAAGGUAUCCUCAGUGAGCUCCUGCAGAGGGAGAACAGGGUUCUACAUUUCUGGACUCUGAAGAAGCGUCGUCUGGACCAGUGUCAACAGUACCUGCUGUUCCAGAGCCACACCCAACAGGCGUUGGAUUGGCUGCAACAGAGUGGUGAGCACUACCUGUCCACUCACACAUCGCCAGGGGCAACCAGUGCAGAGACCCAGGACCUGCUGGCUCAACACAGGGAAUUCUGCAUCUCGGCUAAGCACACUCAGGAGAAGGUGCACCUGCUGAUUCAGCUGGCAGAGAGCAUGCUGGGUAAGGGCCACUCCCACAGGGUGGAGCUACGGAGGUGCGUGUCGACGGUGGACAAGCGCUACCGAGAGUUCUCCAUGCGCAUGGGCCAGUACCGGAACACACUGGAGACUGCACUGGGAGGCUGCACUCAGGACAAUAAGGACCUGGAGCUGGAGCUCAUCCCCAACAGCCUCUCUGACUCUGACCCCGAAGUGAACCUGAAUGACCCUAACCACGAGGUCAGCGACGAGAAGAGGAGGACGGCCAGGAAGAAAGAGUAUAUCAUGUCAGAGCUUCUCCAGACAGAGAGGGUGUAUGUGAAGGAUCUGCAGGAGUGUAUUGAUACCUACCUGUGGGAGAUGACCAGUGGCUCUGAAGAGAUCCCCACCAGGAUCGCCAACAAGGAUGACGUUGUCUUUGGGAACAUCCAGGACAUUUAUGAGUUCCAUAACAGUAUUUUCCUGAAGGAGCUGGAGAACUACGAACAGCUACCUGAGGAUGUGGGUCACUGCUUCGUCACCUGGGCAGAUAAGUUCCACAUGUAUGUGACAUAUUGUAGAAAUAAACCAGACUCCAGCCUUCUGAUCCAGCAACACGGGGCAGGCUUCUUUCAGGAGGUCCAGAGGAGACAUGGUCUUGCUAACUCCAUCUCCUCAGCGCUCAUCAAGCCGGUUCAGCGCAUCACCAAGUACCAGCUCCUUCUCAAGGAGUUGUUGGCGUGUUGUGAGGAGGGAAAAGGCGAGAUCAAGGAGGGUCUGGAUGUCAUGCUGAGUGUUCCAAAGCGAGCCAACGAUGCCAUGCAUGUUAGCAUGCUAGAGGGUCUGGAGGAGGGCUUGGAGGUGCAGGGAGAGCUGCUCCUGCAGGAUACCUUCCAGGUGUGGGAUCCUAAAUCCCUUAUCAGGAAAGGCCGGGAACGCCACCUGUUCCUGUUCGAGCUCUCGCUGGUCUUCAGUAAAGAGAUAAAGGACUCCUCCGGACGUAUCAAGUACCUCUACAAGAGCAGGCUGAGGACGUCAGAGUUGGGGGUGACAGAGCAUAUUGAGGGGGACCCCUGUAAGUUUGCUCUGUGGGUGGGCCGUACCCCCACCUCGGACAACAAGACCGUCCUCAAGGCCUCAUCUCUGGAGCUGAAGCAGGAGUGGGUACGUAGCGUGCGUCAGGUGAUCCAGGAGAGACGUGGCCAUCUGAGAGGAGCGCUGAGGGAGCCCAUUCCCCUCCCCAAGACCCCCGCCCCCACCCUGGUCCGCACGCGCAGCAUCAACAGGAGAGACACCAAUGAGGAUGCAGACAGCCUGGGAGAUGCCAGCAGCCAGCCGGACACCGUCUCCAUUGCCUCCCGCACCUCUCAGAACACAGCAGACAGCGACAAGCUGUCCGGUGGCUGUGAGUUGACCGUGGUCCUGUUGGACUUCUCGGCGGGCGGGGCUGAGGAGCUGAGUGUUCGUUGUGGUCAGACCGUGGAGCUAGUGGAGCGGUCCAGUGAGCGAUCGGGCUGGUGUCUGGUCAGGACCACAGACCACACCCCCCCACAGGAGGGCCUGGUACCCAUGACUGCCCUCUGCCUUUCCCACUCCCACAGCGCUGACAUGGACGGCUUGAUGCCUGUCACCACCGCUGGGAAAGAGCCCAGCCCUGUAGGUUCAGAGGUCAGAUCAGACUCUGUAGCGUCUCUCCAGUCCCAGACAUCCCUGGGCUCCGGUCCUGGCGGUGUGUCCAUCAGUUCCCCCGGCGGCGUGUCUAUUGGUUCUCCUGGUGUGAACGUGGGCUCCCCGGGGCCCAAGCGGAGUGGUUCUGGUACCGGGAACACAUUGAAGCGCUGGCUGACCAGCCCAGUGAGGAGACUCAGCCAGGGCAAAGCCGACAGCCAGGGGAAAAAACCUCCACUACGCACCAGGAGACGAGACAACCGGCCCGAGCUAACCACGCCGCUCACUGCUAACACACACCUGAAGGGGAAGAGCCGUGAAGACUCUGUCCAGAGUGGAGGAGAGGAGGAACUGGAGGAGGAUCCACACACGCCCCUUCCACCUCCCAUGGAGAUCAUUAAAGAUAGCAACAACCCUGAGGACUCAGAGGGCUCCAACCAGUCAGACACAGAGCAGAAGAACAAAGCCAUGAGAGGUCGCAUGUUUGUGGUUAAUGAAAUGGUGCAGACUGAGAAGGAUUAUGUGAAAGACCUUGGUGUCAUCGUGGAGGGGUUCAUGUCGAGGUUGGAGGUGAAAGGGAUUCCAGAGGACAUGAGGGGGAAGGACCUGAUAGUGUUUGGUAACAUCCAUCAGAUUUACGACUGGCACCAGGAGUUCUUCCUGGUUGAGUUGGAGAAAUGUUUGCAGGACCACGACCGACUGGCAGAGCUUUUCAUUAAACAUGAGAGGAGGCUGCACAUGUAUGUGGUCUACUGUCAGAAUAAGCCCAGGUCAGAGUUUGUCGUGGCGGAAUAUGAGACCUUCUUUGAGGAGGUGCAGAGAGAGAUCAGCUGUAGGAUGUCCAUCAGUGACUUUCUCAUCAAACCCAUCCAGAGAAUCACCAAGUACCAGCUACUGCUCAAGGAUUUUCUGAAGUACACUUCUAAAGCAGGGAUGCACUGUGAGGAGAUCGAGAGAGCGGUGGAUCUGAUGUCUCUGGUACCCAAACGCUGUAAUGACAUGAUGAACCUGGGACGCCUGCAGGGUUACGAGGGGAAGCUGACGAGCCAGGGCAAGCUGCUGCAGCAGGAGACCUUCUGUGUGUGGGAGCAGGACGGAGGAGUUCUUUCCCGCAGUAAAGACAGACGCGUCUUCCUCUUCGAGCAAAUCAUCAUCUUCAGUGAGCUGCUCCGUAAAGGGUCCUCCCCACCUGGCUAUCAGUACAAGAAGAGCAUCAAGGUGAGCUACCUGGCCAUGCAGGAGUGUGUGGAGGGGGACCCCUGUAAGUUUGUUCUGUCGUCUCGGGGGUCUGCAGAGCGUUUCACCCUGCAGGCAGCCAGCCCCUCUGUCAAACAGCUGUGGGUCUCACACAUAACUGAGCUACUGGACACACAGAGCAACUUCCUGUCUGCUCUGCAGUCUCCUAUAGAGUACCAGAGGAAGGAGGGUGGGGGAACAAACCUCCUCACCCGACCCCCCUCGGGCUUCGGCCCCAAAGCAUCGGGCCGACCUCCCUCUGUGCCCCCCACCCCUAACGGACACAACACACACACACAGGCAGACGGCGAGGCACAGGACAACGAGCUGGUGCUGGUGAUCCAGGACUUCAGUGCGGUGCGUGAGGAUGAGAUCACGGUACUUCGCGGGGAACGGGUCCAGAUUCUGGCAUCCAACCAACAUGGCCAGUGUCUGGUCUACCGACCGGCCAACACGGAGUCUCCGCCUGCAGAGGGCUGGGUGCCGCGCAGCGUCCUGUUCAACCACUAACUACCAGUUAGAACCAGUCAGUACCAGUUUAGAACCAGAUAUAAACCGUUACAUAACCAGUUACGGCCCAGUUACACUUCACUGAUGCCAGUAAGACCCAGUACCAAUCACACACAUCUGUCAACCUCUUAGUUACUGGUCCCAAAUAGUUACACAUAGUUUAAACUAGUUACAUCAGUUACAUACAGUCAGCUACCCCAGUUAAACCAAUCACACACACGUAGCAAACAUCCUCAACAACCGGUAGCAACCAUGAACACUAGUAACCAACUACUGGAGUUCCUCACACUGGUGAAAAGAGGCCAGAGAGCUGCAGGUCCAGACAAUGGGAUUUGAAGUGAAUGGACACACAGUAUGCCUAUGGAACAUCCCAACUGAUGAGGUCCAACUGAUGAGGCCAGUAAGGGCCGCUGCCAACUGAUGAGGUCACUAAUGGCUGCAGCCUAUGGAACAUCCCAACUGAUGAGGUCCAACUGAUGGGGCCACUAAGGGCCGCUGCCAACUGAUGAUGACACUAAGAGCUGCUGCCUUUGGAACACCCAAACUGAUGAGGCCACUAAGGGCCGCUGCCAACUGAUGAGGUCACUAAGGGCUGCUGCCUUUGGAACAUCCACACUGAUGAUGUCACUAAGGGCUGCUGCCUUUGGAACAUCCCAACUGAUGAGGUCACUAAGGGCUGUUGCCUUUGGAACAUCCAAACUGAUGAGGUCACUAAGGGCUGCUGCCUUUGGAACAUCCACACUGAUGAUGUCACUAAGGGCUGCUGCCUUUGGAACAUCCACACUGAUGAUGUCACUAAGGGCUGCUGCCUUUGGAACAUCCCAACUGAUGAGGUCACUAAGGGCUGCUGCCUUUGGAACAUCCAAACUGAUGAGGCCUCUAAGGGCUUCUGCCUCAGUCAUUCCGGAACUCUGGGAUUCUAGAAUAAAACAAGACUGAGAACAGCUGUCAGAGACUCUCCCACCUCAUUAAGGAACCAGACUCAAGAGGGUUAAAGGUCAAAUAUAUCUGCUGGAGACAAGCAAGAAAUGACGUUGUAAUAAUGGUUGUUUUUACAUAUCGGUGAAAAAACAUAGUGUCAGCACGUGAUGUUUCUGCUUUCAUGGCGUGGGGGUCAAAAUAAAUGGACUGAACCCUCACCCACCCACCCCAACCCAUGACCCCGGUGAGGUGACAUCAUUUCCUGUUUGUUAAUAUGUGUAAAAGAAAGCGAAAGUCUCACCACAUAAAUAGAGCUCUGAGCGCAUUAUGAAGUAUAUAUAGUUCUUAUAUGAUUCAUAUAUUCUGUUUUUCACCUGAAUAGAAAACAGAGAGAAGAGAAGUAUUGUCACGUUAACGUCUGUAUGUGUGUGUGCGUGUGGGUGCGUUUGUGUAUGAGUGCUUGCAUGUAUGGUGUGUGUGUAUGAGUGCUUGCAUGUAUGGUGUGUGUGUGUGUGCGUGUGUGUGCGUGUGUGUGUGUGUGUGUGCGCGUGUGCGUGUGUGUGUGUGUGUGUGUGUGUGUGUGUGUGUGUGUGUGUGUGUGUGUGUGUGUGUGUGUGUGUGUGUGUGUGUGUGUGUGUGUGUGUGUGUGUGUGUGUGUGUGUGUGUGUGUGUGUGUGUGUGUGCGCGUGCGUGUUGGUUGUCCUUUGGGUUCUGUUUGUAUUGAAUAGAAACCCCUGUGUUCUCUGUGUUUUUUCACUGAUCAAUCCCUGUGUCCCUUUGAUGUGGUUUCCUGUUCCUGUAGAGCUGCUGUUGGGCAGUGUGAAGGCCUCUAGAGUGUGCAUCCUCAUACUUUUAAAUGUCGCCCAGAGUUUGACCCGUAAUAUUAUGCAUUCUUUGUAAAAUAUGUAAAUAGUAUUUUACAGACAUGUAGAUGAUUUAACAGGACAACAGGGAGCUGGGGAACACGUCAGUCCAACUCCUUCAUAUUAAACAGAAGCCUUGCCGCCAUAUUGGAUUUUCAGGUUUUAAUUAACUGCUGAACUAGUUAACCCUUCAACUCUCCCCUGCUCAGGGUAAAUGUUGCCCUUCAACACAGAUCUAGGAUCAGGUUACUCUCUCCCCAAUCUGACCUUAACCGGGGGUAGAAACACUAAACUGACCCUAGGUCAGUGUUGUCUGAGGGUAACUUCUAACCCCGGUUUGUAUCUGCAGUGGCAGCACUGCUGCCUAUAGCUUCAUACUACACAGGCUCUGGGCAAAACUCAAAAGACAUCAUAUUCCCCAUGAAGUGCACUACUUUUGCCUGAAGGAGUGCACUAUAUGGGGAGUAGGGUGUGAUUUGGGACCUAGCCCCUCUUAGCCAUACAGGUUAUUAUACAGUGAUGUGCACUUGCAAAAUGGCUGCUAUCUCACCUCUAUGAGUUCUGUAUGGUGGUUUGUAAUAAAGACCAUUUUUCAUCUCUGAAA